CUUAUUACCAUAUAAAAAGCAGAUGCGAUGUUUGUGGCAAAAGGGGCGGGGCGGGGGCAGGCCCUCAGCAGACAAGGAGAGAGGGUCUCCGCCAACCGCCUGCCGUUUAUUGUUCCCGCACUGGAGGCUGCAUCCUGCAUCCUGCAGCCGCUGCCGCCGCCUCCAGGCUCUGCUCCUAGCUCAGCCCUCGGUCCGGCUUGGGACAGCCCGAGUUCUCCCUCCAGGGCCCCCCCAGGGCGCAAAAUGCCUGCCCUAGCCUCAGCCGUCCUCUGCUGACCUCCCUCUCUCUGCUUCACAGGUUGGCAUCUUUGCUCCCGAGGGUGUCAGCGAGGACCACACGCCUCUGGCCCAGCCCGCUGGGCGGGAUGCGCCGCCGGCAGCAGCGCUGAGCAUCCCCACGCCGGGCACCGGGUGGGCGUUCUCGCUCCGGGAGGCGGGCCCAGAGGCGGAGGGGAUGCGCCCAGGACGUGCCAGGCUCCUCCUGCGAGCUGCCUCCCCGAGGUGGACCCGGAGCCGAGCUCAGCGCAGGGCCGCGAGGACCCCUGCUCCCUUGUGGGGCGCGCGGCUGCGAAGCUGAAGCUUCGGGGUUGCUGCCUCUGCCUCUGAGUUCAGGAUGCCCUGGGCACCUCCCUGCUGGUGAGGAUGUCCCACCGAGCAGCUCUGUCUCUCCCAGCCCCUGUCCGUGGUGGAGGGCGUGACUGUGUGGGCCCGGCUUCGGGCCCUCCUGCCGGUGGAUGAAAAGCAAAGCGCGGGAGUUCCUUGAAUGCAGUCAGCGGAUCGAAUCUGAAUUCAUGGAGGAGGCCAGCGCGGGGCUGCAGCCCCAGGCGGGGGAGCCGCCGGAAGGCCCCUCGGCCGCGGCAGGAGCUGUCCAACACAAAUACCCACCGGAAACCGUUAGGUCCAAGAGUUUGCCGGUCCUGAACAGCGCCUCCUGCCGGCCGGACCCCAGCCCUGCAGGUGCAGAAGGCGCCACGCCGCUGGGCUGUACGGAUGCUGCGGGCCCCCAAGAGCCGAAACAGAGCCUGAGCCGGCUGGCGGCCAGCCCCUCCGCCCCAUCCACAUCCACGUCGGCGGAGGUGGCGGGGCUGGUGGACUGCAGCACCCACAGGGCGGUGUCGCCCCCGCUGGCCACCCUCCAGGGGAGGAGGUGCCUCUACGUGGUCCUCACGGACUCGCGCUGCUUCCUGGUGUGCAUGUGCUUCCUGACCUUCAUCCAGUCGCUGAUGGUCUCCGGGUACCUGAGCAGCGUCAUCACCACCAUCGAGAGGCGCUACAGCCUCAAGAGCUCCGAGUCCGGGCUGCUGGUCAGCUGCUUCGACAUCGGCAGCCUCGUGGUGGUGGUCUUCGUCAGCUACUUCGGGGGCCGCGGCCGGCGGCCGCGGUGGCUGGCCGUGGGCGGCCUGCUCAUCGCCCUCGGCGCGGUGGUCUUCGCCUUACCUCACUUCAUCUCGCCGCCCUACCAGAUCCAGGAGCUGAACGCCUCGGCUUCCAACGAAGGCCUGUGCCAGAGCGGCGGCAACGCCUUGGGGACCUCGGGGCCCCCUGCCUGCCGGACGGACUCGGAAGGGAAGAACCACUGGCUCUUCGUGGCUCUGUUCGUGUGCGCGCAGAUCCUCAUCGGCAUGGGCUCCACGCCUAUUUAUACCCUGGGACCAACCUACUUGGAUGACAACGUCAAGAGGGAGAAUGCAUCCCUGUACCUAGCCAUCAUGUAUGUCAUGGGAGCUCUUGGCCCUGCGGUGGGAUACUUAUUAGGUGGACUUCUUAUUGGUUUUUAUGUUGAUCCCAGAAAUCCUGUGCAACUUGACCAGAAUGACCCUCGUUUCAUUGGAAACUGGUGGAGUGGAUUCCUCCUUUGUGCCGUUGCAAUGUUUCUUGUGAUAUUCCCAAUGUUUACUUUUCCAAAAAAGCUUCCUCCUCGACACAAGAAGAAGAAAAAGAAAAAAUGCUCUGAUCAUGCUGUUAGCGAUGACGACAUUGUGAAGGAGAAAUCAAAUAAUCAUGAGCUCGGGGACAAAAAAGUUUCUUCUAUGGGAUUUGGAAAGAAUAUCAGAGGUGUUAUCAUUGUCCCUAGCGCUGGAGUUGGCAUUGUCCUGGGAGGCUACAUCAUAAAGAAAUUGAAACUUGGUGCAAGAGAAUCUGCAAAACUAGCAAUGAUCUGCAGUGGCGUGUCUCUACUGUGCUUUUCAACCCUGUUCAUCGUGGGCUGUGAGAGCAUUAACCUCGGAGGCAUCAACAUCCCUUACACAACGGGCCCCUCUCUCACCAUGCCGCACAGGAACCUGACUGGAAGCUGCAACGUUAACUGUGGUUGUAAGAUACACGAGUACGAGCCCGUCUGUGGAUCGGAUGGAAUUACAUACUUUAACCCCUGCCUGGCAGGCUGCGUGAAUAGUGGCAAUCUCAGCACUGGGAUAAGGAAUUACACGGAAUGCGCCUGUGUCCAAAGCCGGCAGGUGAUCACCCCGCCCACCGUGGGACAGCGCAGCCAGGUCCGCGUGGUCAUCGUCAAAACCUAUCUCAACGAGAAUGGCUAUGCCGUGUCGGGGAAGUGCAAACGGGCCUGUAACACCCUCUUCCCGUUCUUAGUGUUUCUUUUCAUCGUCACCUUCAUCACAGCGUGUGCCCAGCCAUCAGCCAUCAUAGUGACGCUCAGGUCCGUGGAAGACGAGGAGAGACCUUUUGCUCUGGGAAUGCAGUUUGUCUUAUUGCGAACGCUCGCCUACAUCCCCACCCCGAUCUACUUUGGGGCGGUCAUCGACACCACCUGCAUGCUCUGGCAGCAGGAAUGCGGGGUGCAGGGCUCCUGCUGGGAGUACAACGUGACGUCGUUCCGCUUCGUCUACUUCGGCCUGGCGGCCGGCCUCAAGUUCGUGGGCUUCAUCUUCAUCUUCCUGGCCUGGUACUCCAUCAAGUACAAGGAGGACGCGCUGCAGAGGCAGCGGUGGCGCGAGUUCCCGCUGGGCACGGUGAGCGAGCUGGUGGGCCGCCCCGACGGCAGCACCGCGGAAAAGCACGCCCGGACGCGCUCCUGCCCGGCCUUCAGCACCAGCGCGCAGGGAGAGCUCCCCGCCGAGGCCCGGCUGCGGAGGGGCGUCCAGGGCGCAGCCCAGACCUACCCGGGGCCCUUCCCCGAAGCAAUAAGUCCCUCCCAGGACCCGGGGCUGGAGGAGAGCCCUGUGGCCGCCGUGUAGCCUCCCUCCGGACAGACAGCUUGGAAAUGGAAGACUUUUUGUUGUCGGUUGAGUUGAAUAUUGGCGACUUGAGAAACACCCGUGCCUUCUUUUUUCUUUGUCCCUUUUGAAGCGCUACAGACACAAUCCUCAAAAUGAGCAAGACUCAGUGAUAUACAGCCACUGUGGAUUGAGGGCUGGAUACCUCAACCAGACUGAGACCCCCCCUUCCCCGCCUUCGCUCCGAGGAGGAGGAGCUUCCAUAGACUUGGUACCAUUUCCGCUAUGUUUGAUUUCACGCUCUGUGUGCACCCCUUGGGUAGAAGGCCAAAGCCCAUGGUUCAACCAAAUCACGGAGGUGUAAAAGGCGAUGCAUCUCAUGAGCACACAUACACGCCACACCAAGGUGAGCUUGACCAUGGCCUUGCGUUCACACAUCAACGGUUUUCUUCAGAUCUGAACACCUACUGUGAGUUCUGCUACAAAGCACAAAUGAAUUUGCCUCAACUAUGCAAUUUGAUCGGGGAAAAUGUUAAGUGCAGCAUGCUACUUUUGCUUUCAGAGACUAAAGCAGACACGUUUUUAAAAAAGAGGAAGCUCGGCUUAAAGUACUGUUAGUAGCAUUUUAAACCAUAGCAGAUGUAUAAAUCAGGUAGGAUUUUUAAAAUGCUUCACGGGAAACAUGUGCAUUGGGUGAUAAAAGGAAAAGCUACUUCGUUUCAUGAAACACAUUCUCUUGUAGUCUGUGUGCCCCCAUCAUAAAGUAGUGAAGAAGGCUGCAAAAUCAUCUGGUAAUCUGAAUAUAAACUCCAGUAUUCCUUCAUCCAGGGGCUUUACAACUAGCGUGCUAACCUCUAUGACUAGAAACCGUAAUUUGAGAUGCAUAAUAAGGAAAGAAACUCAUGGCUUUCUCAUAAAAAAAAAAAAUUGCUGCAGAAAUUCUUUUACCUCUUAAGGAUCCACACAAGGAUAGUUAGAGAUUGUAAACUUGACAAUUUCAGAGUCUAAGAUUGAGCCCCACUUGAUGAUUUUAGUUAUCUGCCUGGAAACAGCAAAUCUGUAUUCUUUCUAUGUGCAGAAAAUUGCUAUGAUUGCUACUGAGAUAGUCAUUAAUCCAGGAAAGCUAUACUUGCCUGUAUGGAAAUCACCUUGAAUACAGGAGGAGGGAGAUCUGGGAGCCGGACCUAGAAUAUGAUCCUAAGUAAUGAUUAAAAAAUACAAAAUAAAAUGAUCUAUCCUACUGAGCCCAGGUUUAUCAGGGUUAGAAUCAUUUUACACCAACCUUUGACUCCUCCCUACCGUGUGACUUUCCGGAAGUGAUCUCGGAGAGGACUUGUCUGUUCCUUUGGGUUCAUUACCCAUGAUCCUCUCCAGUGCCUCCCAGCACACCACUUGGACUUAGGUGCCACCCAGAAUGCUUCCUCCAUGGCUCUUCAGGCAGAUGCCUCCUGACAGCACUAAGGACUGAGGGUAAGUGACCUCAUGGGAGCUGGCUGCUUGGAAAAAGAAUCCCGACAACUCAGAUUUAGGCAGGACUGCGAGGCCCGAAUACCAGUAUCAUUGUUUCUGCCAGGGAGCCUGUGCUUAUGCAGGGCUAAUCUGGGAAGUGGUUUCCUUGGCUGGUUUACACCCUUCCUCAGGAGGAAUGUGACUGACAGAACUGUCCCAUGAUUCAGACUUCUUGCCCUCCAUCGUUGGCUGCCCCAUGGGGUGGUGUGACAAUGUCUGGACUCAGGGAUGUUUUCCCCUCUGCCCUAAUGGCAGCAGUCAAAUGGUUCUCUUGGUUGCAUGCAGUUUGUGGGGAGGGUUGUCACUAUGGGGCUGAAGAAUGUCUCCAGGGGGCGGGACCAGUGCCCGGGUGACAAAGACUUCCUGUUGAGCCAUCUUGUUUGGAUCUUAGAACCGUUGUUGCCUGUAGAUACACUGGUGUCCGUCAAACUUGAGUCAACAUGGUGCAUAUUGGAGGUCUUUGGAAAAUAUUGUUGAUUAACCCAGUGUCUGCUCUGGGGCCUCAGAGUUCCCCCUUACCUGCUAUGGCAGUGGUCGGCAAACUCAUUAGUCAACAGAGCCAAAUACCAACAGUACAAUGAUUGAAAUUUCUUUUGAGAGCCAAAUUUUUUAAACUUAAACUUCUCCUAAUGCCACUUAUUCAA